AUGAAAUCUCCGUCGUCCACUCACCUCCGCCGUUCUCCAGAUCCCAGACUCCAGAGUCCAGGGUCUGACAAUCUGAUUCCCCAGAUUCUCCACCAGACCAGCAUGUCGCAGCUGACCCCAACUUCACGGGCAUCGAUCGAUGCCACAAGCCCUGCGGCAGAUGCACCACGGACAAAGAAGGCCUGCGAUCUUUGUCGCAGCCGCAAAGUCAAGUGUCGCGUGGCGGAUAAUGAGAGAAUAUGUGAAGGCUGUCGCGAUCUUGGCGUCAGCUGCACGCACGCUCAUGCGCCGACGCCAACGAAAUUGGACAAUGGUCUUGCGCAUCACGGCUCGCCAGCUACACGCGAGCGGGGAGUUUCGCCGACAGGCCAUGAACACGCGGCUCGCUCCCUCAAGGGCAUCUUGGCAUCUCUCGGCCCAAGCCACUUGAUACUGGAACUACUGGAUGACUGGUUCCGCUUCGUCCACCCUCUCGCCCCAAUAUUGCACCGACAACAUCUCCUGCACCGUCUUCACUCCGAAGAAUCCGAGAAUGACCAGGUCUUUGCGGCGCUGGUCAUAUCGGUCUGCGCCGUCACAAUCUCGACGCUGCGACGGAAGAGCUUUGAGAGCUAUCCGGGAAUCACCUUUGACAAAUGUAUCGAAAUCAUCGAGCAAGGCAACCUGCUCCAGUCACAGCCAAUUUCGCUGGACUACUGUAUAGCAUGGUAUCACAUAGCCUCUGCCGUUGAAGUCGACGCCGGCACAGGCAGCUAUCGCUCGUACCGUGCCAUUCGCGAAGCCAUGACUGGCGUCGACUGGCUCCUCUGCUACGCGGGGGAUGAGCAGCCAGCACCGGACAAGGAGCGCCUCAAGAGGCUGUACUGGCUGCUCUUCAUGUGGCAAGUGGGAUCAGAAAUCCAGGGACAACCCCAUCUGGCAUUCGUCCCAUUCAACCAGAAGCUCGAGCACCUGCGCCCCAUGAAUAUCACAGAUAGCCAACUUUAUCCCGAUCUGACGUUGUCGGCCGAUACGCCCAGCUGGCCUGACGAUGAAAUCCACUUCAUACCAGGACUCAACAGCCUCAUUGACGUCUUUUUGACGUGGGAGCAGAGCAAGAAAGACCUAACGCACAAGCAACCCGAAGAAACACUACAGUGCGCAAUCAGCCGCAUUCAACAUAUUCUGGACAAUCUUCCUCCAGAUUUGCGAUGGACAGGAGGUCUGACGCGCUUCCCGCAGCCAGUCUGGGGUCACAAGGCGCAAAUGCCUGUAUUUGAGGUCAACGGGCAUUCACUUGUCGUCAAGAUCCGUGAUAUUGGCGCGGCCUAUCUGUCAGAGCUCAGCGAAGAGUCACGGGGAGGCGUCGAGUAUAAUGAGCGCCACGCAAAAGUUCAUCAAGUUCUUCAGGCGCUCGAGAAUCUUGAUUUUUGGCCACAUCCAGACGCUGACGGUCCAAUCGCAUCAACGGUGGAAACAGAAUAA